AUGGCAGAGCUUCUGGGCAUCGUCGCUGGCGGAGCUGGACUCGCUUCUCUGGCACUCCAGCUGGUCGAUGGCGGCCAGAAACUGCGACAACGCUACAAGAACGUCAAAAGCCUCGGAGUCAACAUCUCGUGGCUGAGUGAGGAUAUAGAGCUCAUCGGCAAGCAACUCAUCCAACUCGAGACCAGCGCAGAUGAUAUUAUGCAAGAGCAGCUUGGUCCAAUCAUGAUGGAAAGAUGUCGAGAUCGGUCUGCCAGACAACACUUAUUCUUGCGGAAUAGUCGGAAUUCGUUGGUCACAGUGGACAGUGCAUCCUCCAUGACCUCAAUCAUUAGUCUGCCAACAGAAAUUGCUCCUCACGAUAAUAGUCCAGGCACUACUACGACUUAUCAACAUGGAAUCAUUCAGUGUUCGUCAUGUAGCUGUCGUUGCUCAUGCCAUAAGAAGCGCACAAUAAGUGGCACCUUCUGGCGUCUGCAAUACUCCCCACUGGCUGAGAUAUUCCAAGCCUGCGAUAAUCCGGCCUGUUCUGUGAGGCGUUACCGUUUUGAUCUUCGGCUGGCGUUGUAUCGCUACGGGAUCCCAUUGAAAGCAACUCUUGGAUUUGAUCUGACUACUGAGCCAGGGCGAUACUCUCUUCAGCCUUGCCUACAGAUUGAAACUGUCGUCGAUUUCAAUGCCCUGGGAUUCGUGAUUAUGGAACAGCUCGCCUUGGAGGAAAUAGGCUGGGCAACAGCAGAGAACAUGUUUAAAGAUCUUUACAAGUCUUGUCCUGGGUUUGUCAACCAGAUUGAUCCUUUAGGUCGUGGCUAUCUUGAGGAUGCCGCUCGUGAUUUUAGUUUAUAUACUCAUUGCAAUGAUGAAAGCUCCAAAACUAUCACGAACCUGAUCCAGCUUUUCGUUUCAUCGUUCCGUACCAAAGAAACAUCUCACAGCGCCGGGUUGGUCUCCCCCCCUCACUGCUAUCCCGGUACGCGGCCGUUGACAUGUAGCAGUCUCUUACGGCAACUACUGUAUUUGAUGGAACUGGGGCAUGUGGGUUCUGUUGGCUCUCUCGCUGCUCUUGGAUGCGAUUUCAAGAACGUGGUGCCCACUUUGUCCUCUUGGCCAGCGCCCUUCCAUUACCAAGAUGACCCUUUCCAUUUUCAGCGUUUGAAAACACUUAUCGGAAUGAGUACGGAUUUUGGAGAUAGUCCUCCGCUUCACGCCUCAAUAUUGUUUGACUCUAAUGAAAGUUUUAUGCUUUGUCUUGAUAGAAAUACACAACCAUUCGAUACAACUGUUAACCUCUUGGGUCAAUCGGCACUUCACAUGGCCGUACAACAGCCUUCGCGCGUGGCUCAACUCCUAGCUGCUGGGCAUCACGUUGAUCAGAGCGAUAAGUACGGCGGGACCCCUUUAUUGUAUGCAGCAGCGAUGGAUAUUCCAGACACAGUUAUGAUGCUUGUCGAGAAUGGUGCCAACUUACUUAGCUCUCUAAGUAAUUGCGAUCCUAUUAUCUGUAUAGUUGCUAGACAGCAGAAUUGGACUUUGGUAUGGCGCAUCAUCGAUUUUGCAGCAGCAUCCCAUCCCUAUCUUGUCCCUCAACUAAUCAAAGACCUGUUGGUAUGGACUCCCGAAGAAGUAUACCACGCCGCACAUCAUUCUAAGGGCCAAGAUGGUUGUGAAGACUUCUGGUCCCGAGUCAUCUCCAAACUUGGUAGCCCUAACUUCUCCUUCCAGGAUGGCAAGACCUUGAUGCAUAUGACCCGUGGUGUCAGAUCGGCGAGAGCGUUGAUAAAAUCGGGCUUCAACAAAUUCAAGCAGAGGAAAGGAGAUUUACUUGAGCACAUCGCUUCGUUGCAUGAUCCGCCGUUGUUCCGGUUUGCUGUCGCGAAUGGUGGCGACGCACAUUUGCACAGUAGCUGGGGUUGGCAUAUCCUUGACAUGCUGCUCCGAGAUCUUGCAAGAAGUGACUGGGACAACCUCCCAAAGGUCUUGGAGAUUUUACAGGGCCUCCUCGAUAAUGGAGUCCAAGUCUCAUCCCGAGAUGAGUGGGUUUGCAAUUGUUUGACUGGUGGCCACUCUGACUUGGUCUCUGAUGUCGACAACAACCGCUUCUGGGAUAUUUCUGAGCAAAUUAGUAUUGAUGAACUCAAACAAAAGAUGGAAGAUCUGGCUACGAAGACGUACUCGGAGUUGAAGAUCGAGGUCAUGGUCCGUCUUCGGGGUAGGUGGAGGAAAGCAUGUGCGGCACAACGGCCUCCCAAGUUGGCACGUAGCCGGAUACAAGUAUUCCUAAGGGGUAUGGCGAAUGACUUGAAAGAAUUGUUGAAGACCUCGAAACAUCCCAAGAUUCCAGAACCAUUCUCAAGCUCUUGGGAUCGCAUAGUUCAGAAGAAAAUGGAAUCUAAUCGUUGGAGGUUGGAUUAUGAUCUCGAACUAGCGGUGGUCGAGUUUGGGUUCGAGAGCUGGGUUCCACUACUGACCCAGCUUACAGACGUCCUGCUUGCCGAAGAGGAGUCAGGAGCAUUGGAAUCUUGA